UUGAUCAUGAAAAGUUUUGAGAGUUCUAUUAAAUAACAUAUUCCAUAAUAAAUUAUACGAGCCGCAGAGAAAUUUGAAUCACUUUUUGUAAAAGAGACGCAACAUCAUUAAUCUUAAAUCUUGUAUUUUAAGAUUAUGGCCAAAAACAAUAAGAGAAUAAAAAAGCAAUUAUAAUAGGAACCUAAAAUAGGAUUGUCUGAGUUGGGCCAUUUACAAUAAACAUUAAGGAAAUCUGGAACUUUUGGAAAUGAAAACUCCUAAUCAAUCAUUGUAAAAUAUAUAUAUUAAUUCUCUAGCACUGCAUGCAAAUAUUGAAGCCAGAAUUUGGGAGAUAAAUAUACAUAGAUGAACUCACAACUGUUAUUAGUGAACAAAUACCUUAUGAUAAUUCAGAUUUUAUUCAUGAUUAUUGUGAUAUUAAUUUAUGA